UGAGCGGAGGUGAGGAAGGCGGAGGAGGGCUUGGUGAGAGGAGGGGUGACGCGGAAGGGGCGGUGCGGUUCUCCUCAGCGGGCGGUGUCAGCGGGAGGGACCGGGACAGGGAUUCAUUUCCCCGGGUGAUUGGACUGGACUGCACGAGCGGACUUCAGGCGUCAGCAUGUCAGCGAAUGUCAGCGCCGAGGAGAUGGAGGAGAUCAAGGAGGCCUUCCAGAAAGUGGAUGUGGACGGUAACGGGUACAUCAGCGCCUCUGAACUCGGUGACCUCUUCAACGAGGUGGGCUAUCCCAUGCCCGGGUACCAAGUCAGGCUACUCCUCCAGAAGCUGGACAGAGACAACGACAGCCGCAUCAAGCUCGAAGAGUUCACGGCUAUUUUCACGGAAAUGAAGGACGACCGCGCGUCCCAGAGUUUCAGGAAAGCUCUGAACAAGAAAGAAGGUAUCUUAGCCAUCGGGGGAACCAGCAUGAUCUCCAGUGAAGGAACCCAGCAUUCCAUCUCUGAGCAGGAGCGCUUUGCCUUUGCCAACUACAUCAACUCUUCUCUGGAGAAGGAUCCCGACUGUAAACACAUCCUGCCCAUCAACCCCGAAACUGAAGCUCUGUUUAAAGCAGUGGCAGACGGCAUCAUACUUUGUAAACUCAUCAACCUCUCCGUCGCCGACACCAUCGAUGAGAGAACCAUCAAUCAAAAGAAACUCACCGCUUUCACCACACAGGAGAAUCUGAACUUGGCUCUGAACUCCGCCUCGGCCAUCGGCUGCCAAGUCGUCAACAUCGGCGCUCAAGAUCUGAAGGAGGGGAAGCCUCACCUGGUGCUCGGGCUCCUCUGGCAGAUCAUCAAGAUCGGACUGUUCGCCGACAUAGAGCUGAGCCGCAAUGAAGCUAUAGCAGCGCUGCUGGAGGAAGGGGAGAGCCUGGAGGAGCUGAUGAAGCUCAGUCCAGAGGAGCUGCUGCUGCGCUGGGCCAAUUUCCAUUUGAAGAAAGUCGGCAUGUCCAUAUCCAACUUUUCUGGAGACAUUAAGGACUCCAAGGCGUACUUCCACCUGCUCGAGCAGAUUGCUCCAGACGGCAGCAAAGCGGACGUCCCACGCAUCGAGGUGGACAUGACCGGUGUCUAUGAGAAGGAUCUCACCAAGAGGGCGGAGUGUAUGCUCAAGCAGGCCGACCGCCUCGGCUGCCGACAGUUUGUGACCGCCACCGACGUCGUGAGUGGAAACGCGAAGCUCAACAUGGCCUUCGUGGCCACGCUCUUCAACAAACACCCGGCGCUCACCAAACCGGAGAACCAGGACUGGACUCUGGAGAGUGAGACCAGAGAGGAGAGGACGUUCAGGAACUGGAUGAACUCUCUGGGAGUCAGUCCGCAUGUUCACCACAUCUACGGCGAUCUGCAGGACGCCAUGGUGAUCCUCCAGCUCUAUGAAAGGAUCAAGGUGCCGGUGGACUGGGACAGCAGAGUCAACCUCCCUCCAUUCAAGGGAGUAGGAGGAGGGCAUUUAAAAAAGAUGGAAAACUGUACCUACGCUGUGGAUCUGGGUAAGGAAAAAGCCGGUUUCUCCCUGGUGGGGAUCGGCGGACAGGACCUCUACGAUGGCAAUGCAACACUAACUCUGGCCCUGGUGUGGCAGCUAAUGAGGAGGUACACGUUAAAUGUUCUCGAAGACCUCGGACACGGAGAAGUGGCAGGAGACGACUUGAUAGUGUCAUGGGUCAACAAGACUUUGGCCGAGGCCGGCAAGAGUUCCUCCAUCAAAAGCUUUAAGGACAAAUCGAUCGGGACCAGCAUGCCAGUUCUGGACCUGAUCGAUGCCAUUCAGCCCCAGAGUGUGAACUUUGAGCUGGUUCAGAUAGGAAGUCUGUCCGACGAAGACAAACUAAACAAUGCCAAAUUUGCCAUUUCCAUGGCGAGGAAGAUCGGGGCCAAAGUCUACGCCCUGCCGGAGGACCUGGUGGAGAUCAACCCCAAAAUGGUGAUGACCAUCUUCGCCUGCCUGAUGGGGAGAGGCAUGAAGAAGGCGUAAAGGAGACACACACACACACACACACACACACACGCACACACACACACGCACACACACACACACCCUGCUGAAAGCAAAAGACAUAUAUAAAAAAAUCAAGGAGAUAUUUCUUCUUCAGAGCUUCAGGUUUAAUCACGCCUCAGCGUUUCCCAUGUGCCACUGCCUCAUGGUAUGUCGGUUCCAUGCUGCGGUAUCUUCCAACUACAAUAACGAUGUUCUUUACUGAACACCGUUUGGCCUUUAAAAACAAAGAAAAAGACCAAAGCUGUGUGAGGCUUUAGGCUAUUUAUGUCCCUGGAACCUGUCAAACAUGUAAGUCCUUUAACUAACCGCUUUAAUCACAUCUAUUCUAAUGGGAUUUUAGGGGGAUGCUUAUGAAAUAGAUUAAUGGAUGUAAUACGAGGCAUGCGUUUAGGUAUGAUUAAUGGCUCAUCAUUUAAAGGGGUAAAUCCACAAACUGACCAAAUAACAUGAAUGCCAUAUCUCGUCUUAUUUCUUCACUUAUGGUGACUGUUUCAUGCUAUUUGGUUAUUGGUAAACAAUUAAUUUAAUUCAUUCAUACAUUUAUCAAUGAAUUGACCCAAAAUGAAUUCAUCCCGAUAAAAAAAAGAAAAAGAAAAGCCAACUCAUAUUAUAUUACAUCUGGGGGAAUUAAAAAUCUGGAUAAAGAUAUUUCUGACCCCUGACGUUAAUCAAACCCCAAUAUUAAAAACACUUUGAAGCUCCCAUUUUAGAGAAAUAACAGUGCAUCAAUGCAGCAGCUUCUUCUCUACCUUGUUGCCAUCUGAAAUGAAUAAACAGCCAUGAUUGAAAUAUGAUUUCUGAGACUGAUUUCCCUUCCUGAAAUAUUAAUAUUUCUUUUGUCUUAAUGCUGCAGCUGAAUAUGUGGAUAUGUUUUAAAAUGUUUCAGGUCUUUUGCUGCUGAUGUUGACAUUCCACUAAUGUUCACUUUAUUUUUCUUUAAUCCCGAAUGUGUAUCUUUAUCGGUCCUGUGGAAUUUCACUGUGGGCGAGAUCAUGCUUUACAUGAUAGCAAUACUUCCAAAACUCAGUGUGUUAUCAGAUCAAUAAUAUUCAAUAAAAGCAUUUUUCCAUG